AUGAACCCUUGCUCAGAAUUUACAUAUAUUCCAAAGAACAUACAACAAGCCUUCCUUGGAGAAGAAGUUAAGGAAAUCGAAGAGAACGAAUGGGAAGUUCACUCUGAUUCUUUAAAUAAUAGCCUUGACUCUGGGAGUGAAGAAGCCUAUGGGAUGGACCUUAGCCCAGGGUUUAAAAGGAACAUGUACAAUCCUCCGAUCAAGAAGAAUGCUUCUUAUAAGUACAUGUCCAAGAUGAAUGAGUCAAUUAUGAAUAGUAAAGCUAGCAAGUCUGUCAGCUUAAAUAGAAAAAAAGUUGAAUACAAAUAAUCUCAAAUACUCCAAUUACUCUAACAUACCGGUGAGAAGGGAAAAAUCUUCAUCAAAAUGACAGAAGGAUAUAAUUAAACACCCAAGAGCCAACAAAAAGAAAGUAAGAGAACAUCGGCAAGGAAGAGUUUUUAAAGGAGAAGUUGACACCAAUGUGAUGUCAAUUGAUUUGAAGGUCUUGAAAAGUGAUGGCCAUAUCGCCUCUGGAGAUCCUAUCUUCUGUGAAGCCUGAAAUGCUGUAUUGAACAUCCAUAGUAAAAUUUUUGGACCAAUUCCACCAAAUUAUGAGCAAAGCAUUUGGACUUGCGAGUUCUGUAGGUUUAAAAAUACUAUUGUUGUCGAGCCAGAAGAAGCUCCAAAUAGAGAAGCUCUAAACUAUUUUCUUGAUAAUGAGUACGUUAGUUUCAAGCCUGAAGAGGAAAAAUUUAAGAGUACUAACAAUGAAGCUCCCAUAAUCUUUUGCAUUGAUGUGAGUAAAUCAAUGAAAAGUUCUGCAACCCAAAAACCAUUUUUAUCUUUAAAAGAUUCUCCUGUAAAGAAGAAAGGAGGCUUUUUACCUGCUAUCUGUGGCCCAUCUAAGAUCUUGGCCAAUAUGGGAUUUAGUAAUGGCCCAAAAACUGUCCCUGUAGGACAGUCAAGAUAUCAAGUUGUCAGCAAGGCAAUUCUAAAACAAAUUAAAGAAAUGGCAGGAACAAAGAGGAAAGUUGGAGUCGUCUUCUUCAAUCAUGAAGUUCACAUUCAUGGGGAUGGAAGCAGAAAAUAAUUUAGUGUUGAAAAAUACAAAUAAUAAAGGUGAUCCAGAGAUACUCAACUCAUAUGAAGAUCUUUUGGCAAGAGGAGAGAGCUGUGCUGACAUUUUUAUGCGUAAAGGGGUUAACUUAAGUCUGAAGAAUCUUCAGAAAUUGAUCAAAAAUCAAGAAAUGAGUGGAAAAACAGCAUUGGGACCUGCAGCUGUAGUUUCAAUUGCAAUGGCAGGAAAGUUAGGAAGGGGAUCAACAGUCGUAAUUUGAACAGAUGGCUUGUCAAAUGUAGGAGUUGGUAACCUCGCAGAUGUGAAGAAGGAUACAAAUGGAGUCAGAAAGAAAGCAGAAGAGCUAGAUGCAUUUUAUGACCAACUUGCCUGGUACGCUAAUCAGAAAGCAGUUGGAGUCCACCUGAUCAGUAUGAAAGGAGAGCAUUCUGACCUACAGACUUUGAUGACACUGAGUGAUAAUACAGGAGGUGAAGUGAAUAUCAUUGACCCGAACAAAGCUGAAUCAGGGUUUGCUAAUAUCGUUAAGAGUGCUGUCAUAGCUACAAACGUUGUAUUGAAGGUGAAACUCAACAGAGCGAUUGAGUUUAGGAAUGAAAAUGAAAAUAAUAUGAGAUCUGGCAAGACUUUGCUCAUAAAGAGAAUAGGUAAUGUGAGCGAGCAGAGCCAAGUCACAUUUUCAUACAGAAUUAAAAGCCUCCCAGAUCUUAAAAAGUUGAAAGGAUUUAAUCUUGAUGAACUCAAAAGUAUACCAUUCCAAUGAAUCAUCGAAUUUACUAAAUUAGAUGGUAAGAAAUGCAUCAGAACUAUUACAAAAGUUUUGAGAUCAAGUAAUGAUAAAAGAAAAGUUGAACAAAAAGUAGAUCUCAGUAUGAUCGCUGUCAGUGCUGCUCAUCAAGUAACUAAUCUUGCCAGAGAAGGCAAGUUUAGAGAAGCUCAAGCCUGCUCACUGAGUAACAAAAAGUACCUUUCAAAUAAACUUCAACACAAACAACAUCAUAAAAUUUAUAAGAACUGGAAGAAAAAGAUGAACCCAAUAUACAACCAACUCCACAAUCAGAAUAAUUUGGAGGAGAGAGCAAUCAGCGGCAAAAAGAGCUCUCUCAAGGCCAAUAAGAAAUUCGUACAUGACAUCCUUAUUAAAAACCCUCCUUCAAAGUUCAUUGCCAUGAAUUCUAGCAAAAUAACCAAAAGCAAGAAGAAAUCUAAUUACAAGGCUCCUGCAAGGAAGUUCUAUUCAAAGAUGGGAGAUGCUCUCUGCUCGAACCUCAACCAAUACUCAAGACUAAACAAGAACUGCUUGAUGUAAUUAAAUUCUUUAAAAUAC